CGUCCGCGAUCCGAUCUGCUUUCUUGCUUCGCAAGGGUUGUUUCCUCCGGUACGUCAACAGAGCAACCCAAGUAGAGAGAACUUGGAGUCUUUGGAACUUGGUGCUGCAGUUCAAACAUGGCAACAGGCAAAAUUAUCGGAGCUAUUGUUGCAUCCUUUGCAGUCUCAUAUGCAUGUGAUACGCUGAUCUCUGAUGGAAAGAUAUUUGGCGGUACAACUCCGAAAACUGUCUCGGAUAAGGAAUGGUGGGAAGCAACUGAUAAGAAGUUCCAGGCCUGGCCUCGCACCGCUGGACCACCAGUUGUGAUGAACCCCAUUAGCCGGCAGAACUUUAUCGUCAAGUCAUCCGAAUCCUAAAGUGAAUAACACAAUGCAGGUUUUAUGGUCUAAAAUGAUUAGGUCAUUACUUGCGGGUGAUGCGCUGUUUUGAGAAAGUAUUUUAUGUUUCCAUGGAUUGAUGGAGAUGUUAUGAGCAGCCUUUUACGAUAUUUCCAUAAGCUGUAAUAAUUUUCAUGAGACCGCCAUCUGGGACAUGUAUGCAACUAUAUUUCUUGUGGGUUUUACAUUGAGAAAUAAGGACACUGAUCCAUUCUUGAAGUCGGCAUAAUUUCAGGUCCGGUCAUCCGAGAUGACCCAUUAAAACUA